AUUUCUUUUGCUCAAGCAGCACUGUCGCAUUUGCACAGUUAGAAGAGUCCAAUGUCCUCUGCCUGGUAAGUGAAGAGCUGAAGGCCACGACGAGCGUAAACACAAGGAAGCAUGGUCAACUUUGUAUCCUUAGCCCGUGAGCAUUGGGUUAACAUCCUGGUGCCUAUGGGCUUUUUUGUCGGAUUGUACCUUGACAAAAUGCAGGACUCGAAGCUGACAUCUUUCAGGAACAAAAGUCUUUUGUUCAGCAGGGAGCUGAAGCCUGGUGAGGAGGUGACCUGGAAGUAGACCUCCCCUCCCUGCAAUGUGUCCUGUCCAUGUUGUGUGACUGUCCCUCAAAUCAGCAUAUUUAAGAUUCUGUUUUUGAGUUGGAUCUCCCAAUCUUUAAUAUGAGUUGUAUCAACCAAUAAUAAACAUGCCCUUUGUCAUCAACAUAA